CCUUAUCCAUUCUGUUAUCGUCUCACUCACACACACACACAAAGAGCAUGGCCGCCACACUUAGCCUCCUUAGACUUCCUAUUCUUUCUCAGAAACAACACCAUUCCUACUCCGAUCCCCGAUCUAAACUUCCAGUUAUCGCCAAUGCUACUAAACUAAACAUUCCAAAAGGCUCCACUCACCUACCAACACCCUUCAAUAAGACCAUCCAUCAUUUAAAAUCAGUUGCUCCUCCCCUUACAACUGUCGCAUUGCCUUUCUUUUUAGAUACCAAGGAUGCACUUGCUGUUGGUGGGGAGUUUGGGAUUUUGGAAGGCAGGACUUUUGCACUCAUACACCCCAUUGUUAUGGGUAGUUUGUUUUUCUACACUCUCUGGGCAGGGUAUUUGGGUUGGCAAUGGAGGCGGGUUCGGACUGUCCAGAAUGAGAUCAAUGAGCUCAAGAAGCAAGUGAAGCCUACCCCAGUUACUCCUGAUGGAAAACCCGUUGAAGUAGCACCAUCACCUGUUGAAAUUAAAAUUCAGCAACUCACUGAGGAGAGGAAGGAGUUAGUGAAAGGGUCUUACAGGGAUAGACACUUCAAUGCAGGAUCUAUACUGUUAGGUUUUGGAGUUUUCGAGGCUAUUGCUGGAGGAGUUAACACAUGGUUUAGAACAGGAAAACUAUUCCCAGGGCCCCAUUUGUUUGCAGGAGCAGGCAUAACAGUUCUAUGGGCGGCAGCAGCAGCUCUAGUACCUGCAAUGCAGAAAGGGAGUGAGACUGCAAGAAAUCUUCACAUUGCUUUGAAUGCAAUAAACGUUCUCCUAUUUAUAUGGCAAAUUCCCACUGGAAUUGAUAUAGUCUUUAAAGUGUUUGAAUUCACUCAAUGGCCUUGAAUUUGAUUUACCUAUGUUGUAAAAAAUGAUAGUUUCUUUUGUCGCUAUAGUAUACUAGUUUAUCUUUUCUAAAUCUGUGGUAACCAUUGCUUCAAAGAGUUAAAUACCAUAUGAGUUUCAAUUUUCACAUAUUGCCUCUUUCAUUUUAUUGAA